AUGAGCAUAGUCACGGCCCACGAUGACCGUCCCUUGACUGGACAGUUUACCAAAGCACUUGUGAAACUAUCGAGAAAACAAUGUUUGCAGGGUUUCAAUAACUAUAGAAGACGGUUAGGGCUGCCUGCUUACAACAGCUUUUUUGAUCCCACCGAAAACAUCGAAACCGCAACCGAAUUGGAAAAAUUGUACAGUACCGUGGAGAAGGUGGAGUUUUUAACCGGCGUGUUGACGAAAAAGUCCAGUUCCGGAGUUCUACCCACGGCCAAAGUCCUGUCUAACAGUUUUACAAUUAACGCAAUACUGAAAAAUCGUCUCACCACCAAACACUUGUGGGCACGUUCGGUGGAGUCGAAUUUUUUAACUUGGAGAAGUCUACCAGUUUAG